UCAUUUCCAUCAACCAAAGCAAAAGCCUCCUAAUUCCCUCAUGUUCCUCACAAGGACACUGCAGAUUCAAUGGUCUUUCUCACAUUCCUCUGCCUUUUUCUCCACCACCUACUCCUCUCUCCAUGGCGGACCAGACUCUCGCUGAAUAAUAAUCCCACUCUCUCCCUCUCUCGCCUUUUCCUUUCUUAAGCGAUGAAUCCCUCUGCUCGCUUCUCUUCAAUCAAACACUCAACUUCUUCUCCUGACAGAUUCCUUGCACGAAUUUCUCACUUGUAUCUUCCCAGAACCAACUCUUCCCCUCUCCAUGUCAAGCCAAAUCAUGAUAUAUUACCACCAAAGAAGGUUUCUUUCGCCGUUGUGAGGACUCGGAGCUCGAAACUGACACGCCCAUUUGCUUCUUUAUCGUCUUUCGCCGAUGCCGAAGGGGAGGACCAGCACGGAGGGCAUCAGCAGCGUGCGAAGACUAGCGGGGAGGAAAAUGAGUCGGCUGGAAUGGCGCAAGCAUUCCACAUAUCUUCGGCCACUGCUUCUGCUAUUUCAAUAUGCAUAGUGUUCGCUGCUCUUACUUCUCCUUUCUUCAUGAGCCCGUUGGGACAGGGCUUGCCCUUGAAGACUAAGAUUUUAUCUUACGCUACGCUUCUGUUCGGGUUUUACAUGGCGUGGAAUAUUGGGGCAAAUGAUGUGGCGAAUGCAAUGGGGACUUCGGUGGGGUCCGGGGCAUUGAGUCUCCGGCAGGCAGUGGUGACGGCGGCGGUGCUGGAGUUUUCCGGGGCAUUGUUGAUGGGGUCCCACGUGACGAGCACAAUGCAGAAGGGGAUUCUGGUGGCUAAUGUGUUUCAGGGGAAGGAUACUCUGCUCUUCGCAGGAUUGGUCUCUUCGCUUGCUGCUGCUGGUACCUGGCUACAGGUUGCAUCAUACUAUGGAUGGCCAGUGUCUACUACACACUGUAUAGUCGGAGCAAUGGUCGGAUUCGGUCUGGCCUAUGGCGGAAGUGGAGCCGUUUUCUGGGGUUCACUUGCAAGGGUCAUUUCUUCAUGGGUUGUCUCACCCUUAAUGGGAGCAGCUGUGUCAUUUCUUGUGUACAAAUGCAUUCGUCGGUUUGUGUACAGCGCACCAAAUCCAGGACAGGCAGCGGCUGCAGCGGCGCCGAUUGCAGUGUUUCUCGGUGUCACCGGGAUUUCUUUUGCGGCCUUCCCUCUCAGCAAGAUCUUCCUGGUGGCUUUAGCCCAAGCAUUGGCCUGUGGAACAUGUGGUGCUAUUCUUGUGAACAGAAUAAUAAGAAAACAGCUUGGUCAUCUUCUUGUCAAGCCGCCGCCUCCUCCUCCACAGCCUGAACCGAAAGAGGACACUUCCCACAAAAACAUAGGCUUCCUCUCUGACUUUGCAGGUCCUAAGGGCACUCAGCUUGAAAUAGUCUAUGGAGUCUUCGGUUACAUGCAGGUCCUCUCUGCAUGCUUCAUGUCGUUUGCUCAUGGUGGAAACGACGUGUCUAACUCCAUAGGUCCUUUGGCCGGUGCUUUAGCCAUUCUUCACGGAGGAGCCAGAGGCGCUGAGAUUGUGAUUCCGACUGAUAUCCUCGUGUGGGGAGGAUUCGGCAUUGUUGCAGGGCUUACCAUGUGGGGUUAUAGAGUCAUAGCUACAAUUGGGAAGAAAAUAACUGAGCUCACACCAACAAGAGGAUUUGCCGCAGAAUUUGCUGCAGCAUCAGUGGUUUUGUCUGCUUCAAAGCUCGGGCUUCCCAUUUCUGCAACUCACACUCUUGUAGGUGCAGUCAUGGGGGUUGGAUUUGCCAGAGGACUUAACAAUGUGAGAGCAGAAACUGUGAGGGAGAUUGUGGCUUCAUGGGCUGUCACUAUUCCUGUCGGUGCAGCUCUGUCUGUGUUAUACGCAUGGAUCUUGACCAAGGUUUUGUCUUGUGUCUUGUGAACUUUGCAUUCCUAAGUGAAGAGACUACUACUCGGGCAUGUUAUUGAUCGACGUCUCGAAAACACCAACGUUGUAGUUUUUGCGUGGAUUCUUUUGGCACAGAUCAAGGACGACAAAAGGAUAAUGGUUCGUGUUGAAGCUUAGGUUAUUCUAUUCCUCGUCGAGGAAGCUCUUGAGAGUCUUGUCUUUUCAACUGGUGAAGCUUUAUGUCCAGAUCAUCGUGUAGAACACUAAAACCCGUGACACAGUGUUUUUUUUUUUUUUUUUACCUUUUUUGUUUUUUUGGCUAUGGUUAAAAUCCCACAUGUUUAAACAUCAAUGGGAUAGGGGAUUGAGGAACAGACAUUCUUCAAGUAAAUAAACUAUAUGAAUGAACUUUGGGACAGAGUUGAGCUCGGAGAUUUGAAUUUACUAUCAUGGAUAUAUUAAUAUUAUGCCAUUCAGAUAAAAAGAUGUGAAACAUUUCAAUUCUUA